ACUGUUCCCGAGUGGUUCGGCCUCCGCACCCACCUCUCUCUCGCCAGUCAGGGGCAGCGACGACGACGAGGAGCGGCGCCUUUGGCGGUGUCCCGGCGACGGUCCUACCGCCGUCCUCCUGCUCCGAGCGUGACUUCACGUCCCCUGCCGAGGUCACGGCCAGCCUCCGGGCGGCGCCAGGCCAGGCGUGGGUGCGCCGCCGCCGGAUCUGACCUCGCUAGGGUAGGGAAGGCAUUCCAAGGCACAAGGUUCGCUCGCUGGUGGAGGUACGCCGGCUCGCCGUGGCCGUGAGCGCGUCCUCACGUGUCUGUCGCGGCGGGUGGCGGAGGGCGUUCGGGGAGCGGACCGCAGAUGAGAUCAAAGAGCUCCCCUUGCCGUCGUUUGAUUUGAGUAGCUCACACAGGUUGCGUGCCAUUUCUUUUUUCGCGAAACAGGUUAUUCCGGGGAGUUAGAUUCCACUGCUGAUUUUUUGUAAUAAAAGAGCUCUUUCACGAGCUAGCGUUUCAGAAGGAUGCUUCAAGCUUCCCCUCAGUCCCCAAUAAUGAUGAGCGGCGUCUCGUUUGUUGUCUCGCGGGAUGUCUGUCGCCGCCGCCUAAGUCAUUCCCAUGAAAUGGAGGUGCAGCCAGAAGCCGUCAGGGACUGGUCCGAGCUGCCUCUUGAUGUGCUUGCUUCAGUCUUUACCAAACUCGGCGCAGUUGAUAUUCUCAUGGGUGCAGGCCUUGUGUGCCACUCAUGGCUCGAGGCGGCAAAAGUACCUAGUUUAUGGCGAUAUGUCGACAUGGAGCACCAUGAUGUCUUGCGAGGGAAGAAGAAAAAGAGCCACGAUGUCUUGUGUGCAAUGGCAAAAGCCGCCGUGGACCGCUCCAAUGGGGAGCUCGAGGUGUUCGCAGGGAGCGGGUUUGUUACUGAUCAGCUUCUCAACUAUAUUGCAGAAAGAUCACCCUCCCUUAAGAGCCUCAGCCUUGACUACUGCAAUGUCUCCAACGAAGCAUUCACUGAGCUGAUAAUCAAGCUUCCUCUGCUCGAAGAACUUCUCAUUUCCCUAUGUCCAUUUGUUGAUGGCGACGCAUAUGAGGUCACCAGCAGAGCAUGUGCGCAGCUGAAGCGUCUCAUGUUGCGGCAAGGGUCGUAUGGGGGUACAAGAGAUGGGGCACUUGGAAUCGAGAUGAUGCACGAGCUGCGAUACCUUACUCUCGUCGGUUGCAAUAUCACGACAGAGGAGCUGGUUGCCAUCAUCGAUGGCUGCCCUCACAUGGAGCGCCUCUGCGUGCGCGACUGUUGCAACAUCAUUGUGGAUGGAACCCUGCGAGCGAAGUGUUCAAGGAUCAAGACGCUGAUUCUCCCCCCUUUGCAGCAUUUGCAGCAGUUGUACUCCCGUUACUGUUUUCACCCUGAUGAUAGCCUUUUCACGGACAAGUUUGACGAUUGGAGAUCUUCCUAAAUGUGAUGAUUUGUCUCCAACGGCUAUCAAUCUAUCUAUAUAUUGGUCUAGCAUGGCUACUUUUGUCAUUUGGGAUAUGGCAUGAAGGGUUCAGGUGGGUAUUCACAUUGGUAAUCUAUGAUAUUGAUACUGCAGACCAAAUGCAGAGGUAAACUCUGGUUUGUGGUGUUCGAAGAAGUUCCCAAGCUCGCGCAUACAGUGUUGAUCCCUUGGUCACCAGCUACGUCAAGGUUGUGCUCUGCAUCCAGCACAGCACACACAUCACCAUCACCAUCACCAUCAACAAUGCCAUGGCGCGCCCCUCCUGCUGCAUGCAGUUGCCACAUAUCAUUUCUUCUGAGCCUUCCUGGUUCCUGUUCGAUUGGUGGAGCAUUUUGGACUAGAAGCAGUUCUUUGUAAAUUUACUGUACCGCUUUAAGAUUACUAGGGGCAUGAUUCUUCUUGAUGUGUAAGCUAUGAUUGUUUGUGAUCAUUUGGAGAUAUGAUUGUAUGCCGGUAAAAACUAACGGGUUGGAUGUUGAAGAACAGGGGAGGAGAUUGUAUGGGUUGAGAAUACAGAGUCAAGAAUUCUAGAAUUUGUUGGUGCUGA